AUGAAAAAACACACAAAUAAAAUAUUUGAUAGGUUAAAACUAAUAAAAAACAAAGAAAAAAGCAUAAAUUUUGGUCCUAACAGGCUUAAACCUUUGUAUGAUUUUUCAGUCGAAAGCAUAUGUGAAAAUAUAUCAGCAAUAAAAAGGAAUUAUUAGGAUAUUGCCUAUUUAGGUCCAUCAGUAAAUUCAUUUAUAGAGCAUAUUCCUCAUAAUGUUUAAUUAAAAAAAAUAUUUAUAUGUGAUAUUUCUAGUUAAUUAUUAUAAGAGAGUAUUUAAGAAAUAGAAAAUAACAAUAAAUUAAAAAAAAAUUUUCCUGAUGUAGAAAUAUAUCCAAUAAUAAUUGAAGAGGAGUUGUUUCCAUUUAAAUCUGAAAGUUUAGAUUUAGUUGUAUCCAAUUUGAAUUUACAUUAUGUAAAUGAUUUAGCUGUUGCAUUUUCUAGAAUUCUUGAUUGUUUGAAGCCUGAUGGAACGCAUGUUGGAGCUAUUUUAGGCGAAGAAACACUUCAAGAAUUAAGAAUCGCAUUUACUUUAGCAGAAAGUGAAAGAUGUGGAGGCGUUAGUUAACAUGUAAGCCCGUUUGUAAGUAUAACUGAAGUAGGUAAUUUAAUUACGAGAUUGAAAUAUAAUUUGCCCACUGUUUUUUCUGAAAAAAGAAUUCUUUAUUUUGAUACUUGUUUAGACUUGAUGCAAUACUUAUAAAGGAAUGGUGAUAAUUCUUGUUUGUUAGAUUAACGAAACGGCAUUUAUAAAGACACUUUGUAUGCUACCAUUGCUAUUUAUGAAAGUUUAUUUAGAGAAAAAGAUAAGAAUUUAUAAGAGUACUAAAAUUAAAUAUUUUCUACUUUUGAAAUUAUUAAUUUCGCAGGGUGGAAAUAUCAUGAAAGUUAACCAAAACCAAAAAAGCGAGGAAGUGCAGAAUUUAAUUUAAAAGAUUUAAGCAAAUAAAUUUAAGAUAUUGAUCCUGAGUCAGCAAAAAUAAUGAAAAGUGGAGAAAUUGGGGAAGAUGAUGAUGAAAAUAAAUGAAAUUUUUA